AUGUCUUGCUACGACCUGUGCUCCACAGCCAUUGGUGGCAUCUACCGCCCUCAGCCCAUCGCCGAGAGCUGCAACGAGCCCUGUGUCCGCCAGUGCCCUGACUCCACUGUCGUGAUCCAGCCACCCCCAGCUGUUGCCACCUUCCCUGGCCCCAUCCUCAGCUCCUUCCCCCAGGAGGCGGUUGUGGGAUCGUCUGGAGCACCCGUCCUUGGGGGCUAUGGGGGCUCCCUGGGCUACGGGGGUCUGUGGGGCUAUGGGGGCUACGGCUCCCUGGGCUAUGGGGGUCUGUAUGGCCUUGGGGGGUAUGGAGGUCUGUAUGGCUGUGGUGGCUCUCUUGGUUACGGAGGCCUG